AUGAGUACUCAUUAUAAAGUUCCUGGAACAACGUUAGAAGAAGUAAAUAUACCUGGUCAAAAAUUUUUAAGGGAUGCAUUAACAAGUUGUACGGAUCCACUAAAAGCCAUUGAAGAAUUUCAACCAAUGCUUCCUCUUCUUGAUUUACACGGUAUUCGAAGGUUGGAUUUUCACACAUCAGUUUUAGAAGAAUUGCGAGAAAAGCUUAUUGCUCAUAUAAAUGAAAUCGGUCAUAAAGAAGGUCGAGAUAGGGAUCGGAAAUUAAAGGAUUUACUAUCGAAAAGUUUUAAAUUAGUUCGUUUUAAGCAAUUAAGGCCCGUGGUAAUGUGUAUAUUGCGAAAUACUCCACAUAUUGAUGACAAGUAUUUAAAUAUAUUAGUUCGAGACCGUGAAUUGUACAGUGAUACCGAUACAGAAGUUAAAAGACAAAUUUGGAGAGACAAUCAAUCAUUAUUUGGAGAUGAGGUUUCUCCAUUGCUAUCUCAAUACAUUCAAGAUAAAGAAAAUAUUUUAUUUGAUCACCUAAAUUUAAAUAAUUUGUUUUUUUCCUCAUCUCCGAAAAUUCGUAGGCAAAGUGAGGUUGUUCAAAAGCUGGCACACAUGAUUGGUACAAGUGUCAAACUCUACGAUAUGGUUUUGCAAUUUUUGAGGACAUUGUUUCUUCGCACUAGUAAUGUGCACUAUUGUACAUUGCGAGCCGAGCUAUUGAUGGCUCUCCACGAUCUUGAAAUACAGGACAUAAUAUCAGUUGAUCCCUGUCACAAAUUUACCUGGUGUUUAGAUGCCUGUAUAAGAGAGAAAAGUGUUGAUAUAAAAAGAUCCAGGGAAUUACAAGGAUUCUUAGAUAGCAUUAAAAGAGGACAAGAACAAGUCUUGGGAGAUCUAUCGAUGACUUUGUGCGAUCCUUAUGCCAUAAAUUUUUUAGCUCAAUCGGCCAUAAAAAUUUUGCAGCAUUUAAUACAUAAUGAAGCUUUGCCUAGAGACAACACAGUUUUGAUACUGUUGCUUAGAAUGUUAGCCCUCGGUUUAAGUGCAUGGUAUAUGAUUGACACACAAGAAUUUAAAGAACCCAAAUUAGAUUGUCAAGUUGUGACUAAAUUUAUGCCAGCAUUAAUGUCUCUAAUGGUUGAUGAUCAAGUAAGAACACUUAAUUCCAAGUUGCCACCUGAUGAAAGAGAAUCUGCUAUCACAAUUAUAGAACAUUCCGGACCUGCUCCAGAUGCAUGUCAAGCUUAUGUUACUGAAAGUAGUGUUGCUAGUAUUUUAGCCAUGUAUUACACUAUUCACACAGCCAAAUUAAAAGAUAAAGUUGGUUUAAUGAGAGUUUUAGGUAUAUUAGCUACAUGCGACAAUGACAGAGCUUAUGAAGAUCCAUUUCUUCAUUUACUAGUAUCUCAUUUGAUACACAUGAGCGAUGAAUUUGCAGCAGAGGAUUUUUGCACAGUCAUUUUUGAUGAAUUCUUUUUGGCAGGAUUAGCCAGGGAAAGUGUAACAAGACAUUUGUUGAAACUCAUGUGGUACAUUCAUUCAAAACUACCUCCGAACAGACUUCACACGCUGAUCAAAGUUUUGGAACCAACAUCUCAGCAUAUUGAAAGUGUUCAUCAGUUAUAUCAUGAUCUCCAACAGAAAAUUGCCAGAGAUGAAGAAACUCCUCCUGUACUGCAAAAUUUGGAUUAUUUAGAGUCUCCAUUAAUGAGUGUACCAACACCUGCUCCUUUGUGA